AUGUCGCAACAUACCAAUAAAACUUAUUUUAACUGGAGAACUUGUUUCUCACUUAUAUUAUGGUGUAAACACGCGAAAAUGGUAAAACUCAAUAAUAGAGUCUUUACAAUACAAGUAACUGAAGAGUUUGGAAGUCCUGGUUAUGUUUGUCAAAGUGAACAACUCAGCAUAUUUAGCUUGAAAAAUAAAGAUAUUACAGAUCAGUUACGUAUAAACAUUCCUUUUCAUCUAUUUACAAUUCAAAUUGAUAAAUUUUCAAUUAUAAUAUAUGGGCUGGGUGUAUCUACAAAUGAGAAUUAUUUAGGAGCAGGUCCAGGCUAUAUGUUCUCAUUUAUUCAUAAGUAUUCUCAAAAACGAUGUAAUACAUCUGUAGAAGUUUGGAAUAAAGCUAAAAUAUUGGGAAAAUUCAGUGGAUCAAGUUUAUUUGGACUUGAGCAUCCAACAACACAACGUUUAUUAUAG